AUGUCAGAUGUAGCUGCCCCACCACCACCACCACCACCAGCUCCAGCUCCACCACCACCACCACCAUCAAUGGGCGGAGCUCCACCUUCAUCUGAAAGAUCUGCAUUAUUAGGUUCAAUUCAAGGUUUUAAUUCAAAUAAAUUAAAAAAAGUCAGCACUAAUGAAAAAAAACCAGGAGAUAAACCAGUCGCUCCAUCAGGUGGAUCAUCAAAUGCAUCAAUAGGGGUAUCAUCAAAACCAGCACCAGGAGGCGGUCCAUCAGGUUUUGGUGAUAUUUUUGCAGGAGGUAUGCCAAAAUUAAGAAGCACAGGUGCAAAGACCACAGAGUCAAGCUCUUCAGCCACAACACCAGCUCCAGUUUCAAAACCAGCUCCAGUAUCAAAACCAGCUCCAGUUUCAAAACCAGCUGCACCUGUUAAUAAUGCUCCAGCUAAACCAGCCCCAUCAAAUGUAGCCAAGCCAUUGGUAACAUCAAUCUCCAAGCCAGUUAUUAAACAAUCUACAGGUGUAUUAAGACCAGCACCUGUUAUUUCAAAAGCACCUGUUGUUAGCAAGGUUGCUGCCAAACCAGCUCCAACACAAAAUAAACCAGCUGCUCCAGUAGCACCAGUAGCACCAGUUGCUCCAGUAGCACCAGUAGUACCAGCUGCCCCAGUUUCAGAAGCACCAAAACCAACACCACCAGUAGUUGAUCCAGCUUCCAUUAAAACAAAUACAUCAUCACCACCAACAUCAUCACCAAAACCAACAAUGGACCUUCCACCACCAAUUCCAAAACCAAGCCAUGACUCAAUAUCAAAUACUGCCAAUGAACAAACAAAACCAGUUGAUAAUAGUGGUGUAGUUUCAGAGCACACAAUUUUACCAGGAGAUGGUAGCAGAUCAGUUAAAACUAACCCAACCCAUACAGUUACAUCCAAACCAGCUGCCCCUGUUAAUAAACCAGCUGCAGCUGGUGGUACACCAGCAAACUGGGUCAAACCAGGAUCAGGCCCAAUAUCACCAAUCGGUAAAGUUGUACAAAGUGCUUCAGUUCAAGUUGCUCCACCAAGAAAAGUUACAAGUUCAGCAACCCCAUUAAAGCCAGCUCCAGUUAUUACUUCAAAAUCUGUUGCAAAACCAGCUCCUGUAAAUACAAAUACUACAUCAUCAAACUCUACAUCAAACCCAACUACCCCAACAUCAGUAUCAUCACCUAAAUCACCAGCUGUAUUUAAUAUCCCACCACCAAUUGCUAAACCAUCAGCACCAAAAGACGAAGCUGCUAAACCAACACCAGCACCAGCACAAACACCAGCACCAGCUUCUGUUCCAACACCUAAACCACAACCAGUUGCAGAGCCACCAGCUCCAACACCACAACCACCAAAAGAACCAGAAACCAAACCACAUCAACAUCAACAACAACCACCAGCUACUCUUCAACACCAACACUCAUCAAGCAGCAUUAAGAAUAUAUCUCCAAGAAAGAAUGACAGCGAUGAAUUGGUUUGUGCUAGAUGCGGCGGAGGUAUUGAAGGAAACCACUUUAAAGCAUUAGACCAAGCAUGGCACAUUGAACAUUUCACCUGUGUUGAAUGUAAUACAGGUAUUCAAAACUUUGUUCAACAUGAUGGCCAACCAUAUUGUGAAGUUUGUUAUGAUAGAAAAUUCGUUGUACACAAAAUUUGUAAUAUAUGUGACAAACCAAUUUUUGGCACUGUAGUUUCAGCAAUGAACUCAACCUACCAUUCAGAAUGUUUCAAAUGUUCAUCAUGUAAUUCAAAUUUCCCAGAUAAUGAAUUUUAUCAAUAUGAAGGUAAACCAUGGUGUGGCCCAUGCAUCCAAAAGAUGACAAAAUCAAAAUAUGAAAAAUGCGACUUUUGUAAAGAAGAAAUUGAUUCAAAAUCAGAUGGUGUUAUCAAAGUUUUAGGAUGUAAAUAUCAUAAUAAUAAUAAAUGCUUUGUUUGUUACGAUUGUAAAACACCAUUCCCAAAUUUAAAUUACUAUGAAAUAGAUACCCAUCCAAUGUGUUAUGAUUGUGCCGUUAAACAUUAA